UUCUCCCAUCUGCGGGAAAAUAAAACCUAAUCUACGUAACAAUUCGGACCCCCCGAUCCGGAUCCGAACUACUACAAUUAACCUCAUUUUUUCAAUCCAAAUCUAUCUGUUCCCAUUUGCUCAACCCGAAUCGAAAUGACGCGCCGGUGCUCGCAUUGCAGCCACAAUGGCCACAACUCUCGGACAUGCCCCAACCGUGGCGUCAAGCUCUUCGGAGUCAGACUGACCGAUGGUUCGAUCCGAAAGAGUGCUAGUAUGGGCAAUCUCAGCCACUACACCGGCUCCAAUUUAAGUCAUAACAACAUUAACGGGUCAAACCCGGAUGCUUCACCCGGUGAGACGCCGGAUCAUGCAGACGGGUACGCCUCCGAGGAUUUCGUUCCCGGGUCGUCAUCCAGUCGUGAACGGAAGAAAGGAGUUCCAUGGACGGAAGAGGAGCAUAGGAUGUUUCUUCUAGGUCUACAGAAGCUUGGCAAAGGUGAUUGGCGUGGAAUUGCGCGUAAUUAUGUUGUAUCAAGAACACCUACACAAGUUGCUAGUCAUGCUCAAAAAUAUUUUAUCCGGCAAAGCAAUGUUUCCAGGAGAAAAAGACGUUCCAGCCUGUUUGAUAUUGUUGCUGAUGAAUCAGUGGACAGUGCGAUCUUAUCACAGGACUUAUUCUCUGCCAACCAUCCCCAGGCUGAAACACAAAGCAAUAACCCACUACCGGCUGUUCCUGCUUUAGAUGAAGAAUGUGACUCAAUGGAUUCUACCAACUCCAAUGAUGGAGAGUCUGCUCCUUCAAAGCCAGAAAGCUCAUCACAGUCUUCUUUUCCUGUUAUAUAUCCUGCAUAUGUCUCACCGUUCUUUCCAUUUUCUUUUCCUUUUUGGCCGGGGUACAAUACAGAACCAACUAGGCAGGAAACACAUGAAGUGCUCAAGCCAACAGCAGUACAUUCAAAGAGCCCUAUAAAUGUUGAUGAACUGGUUGGCAUGUCAAAACUAAGUUUGGGAGAAUCUAUUGGUCAGACUGGUCCGUCUUCCCUUUCAUUGAAACUUGUUGAAGGAUCGUCUAGACAAUCAGCUUUCCAUGCUAAACCAGCCUCUGGCAAUUCUGGCAUGAAUUCAAGUAGCAGUCCUAUCCAUGCAGUUUAAGGGCAGCUUUGCUGAGGUUGAUAGUCUAGUUUAGCUCCAUGCUGGUGAGCUCUACAGAUGAAUGUUAAUACAAGACUAAUAAUGUGUUGUCGGAUUUUGGUUGAGUCGUAUAUUUCUUUAUGGAAUUACCUAAAUAAGAUUGUUCUUGUAGUUUCAAUAACUUAUUUCAUAGCUUGUAAGUUGUAGCAUCUGCUUAGAAAUUAUUCGAAAUUUUACAAUUUGUGUUUUCUUAAA